GCCGCGCGAAUCACGUUACAGUUUCCUGUCGUGUAUGACAAGAGUGUGUUUGGAAGAAAAUGUCAGUGUAGCUCUGAGACCCUGAACAGAACACACACUCGUCUCAUCACAACUGCCAAUCAGACGAAGGGGAGGCGUCAACGAAGGUUAAAUAGAAAUAUUUUGGCCUGUAAGUGAACACAUCCGCUGCACGACUUUGAAGAGGAACGAUAAAGAAUUUUGCUCAUAAGCCCUGAUCAUCUGUCUUUCUGGGUUACUUGUUCAGAUCACCCUUCAUCCUCUCUGGCUCUGCUCUGAGGACAGAAUGAUGUUGUGUUGGAUACUAAUAUCACUGUCUGUUGGAUUUCUUAAAGCACAAGUAUCAGACAACUCUGUGGUAAUUUACGCACAGGUAGGAGGGACUGUUACCCUACCGAGAGACAAGAUAGAAGGAACUGGAGGAAAAGAUAAUCUUUAUGUGAACUGGUACCGCGGGUCAGACACAGACACAACUAUCAGCAAGAAUCCUCAGAGUGUGAUCCAAAGGGCGAAAGAAAUGAAGACAUCUGUUGAUCUGUUGGAUGAUUUCUCUCUCCAAAUCUCACCAGUACAGGAUUCUGAUUUUGAAAUCUGGCGCUGUGUACAACAUGUAUUAAUGAGUACCUUUGAAAAGUCCUACAAACUGUACCAUGUCACUAUACCCAAAGUGCCGGCUGUGAUGGCUGGUGACUCUCUGUCUCUGGAAUGUAAAGUGGAUUCUAGUCCAGUUAAACCCAAAGUAACAUGGAUUCCACCUAAAAACUCAGAUUGUAAUCUAUUAAAUCAUUACCGCGAGAAAAUUGAAGUCAGAGAUGUGUCUAGGUGUCAUAGUGGUGUUUGGACAUGCAAGUUGGAGUAUGAUGGGAGAAAAACUGAAGCAACAACAACUGUUUCUGUAAUCGACCUUUCCACUUUUUCAGAUACCAUUCAUACCUCAUAUUCGUCCUCUACAGUCAACAUUCCUUGUUCCUUGUCUUCUAACAUUCCCUGGUCAGUCUUGAAAGAAUCUGGCCUCAGGGGUGGUAGCUGGAGCUUCAAACCUCUCAGCGAACCAGAGCCAACACAAUCUCUCCUGAGCCUCGACAUUGGUCCGGUGGUCAGAUGGAACAUCACACAGGGCGCAGACAAUACCAUCAAAGCCAAGGGAAGAGAGUUGAAAGACCAGGAUCUAUCGAUACAUAAUCUGCCCGUAUCAGAGAAGAUCAGGGGGGAUUACACAUGCGUUCUAAAAUUUAAAACCAAGACCCUCAGCAGUAAAGUCAAGGUGGAGGUUCUGAAGGUUUCCUCUUCUGGAGGAUCUCGAGUAUAUGAAGGCCAAAGUGUGAAUCUGACAUGCACAUUAGGACAUCAACAUGCCUCUGACCUCGAGGUGAAAUGGAACUGCUCGUCUUGCUCCUUUGUUUCCAGUCUCAAGACUCCUCAUCCAUCUUCUCUGUCCAUCCCUGAAGUGAAAUUGAAGGACCGUGGAAAAUGGACAUGUGAACUCCGGAAAAACGGGAAGAAGCUGACAUCUGCUGUGCUGUAUUUAAAGAUUGAGAAGGCUCCUGUGGACGUCUGGCUUUGUGUUGCCAUCAGCGGUGGAAUCGUGGGCUUCAUCUUGCUCCUAGUGAUCGUCAUCAUAUGCAUUCGCAGACACAGACAGACGAUGAUGUACAGACGACGCAAAACCAAAUUCUGCUGCUGCAAAAAUCCCCAGCAGAAUCAAAAGGGAUUCUACAAGACGUGAGGAUCCUCUGCUUUUCAUUUUUAUAACCAUAUUAAUGUACAGUUGCCUGAACAAAUCCUCCCGUGCCAGAACUGACUGUCGUCAUUGUGCAGAUGAUGCUGGAAUUUCUUUAUAAUUGUGUCAAAUGUGAACAUACUUGAUCACAAACUAUGUUAAUAUGCAACUCAAACAAUAUGCUGUAUCUCUUUCGGAGUAUAUAACAUGAUAUCUUUUGUUUGGAGGAUAAAUGUGUAAACAGGAUAAAACUAAGUGGCUAUUGUAAUUUAAGCACAGUCAUUAUAUCUGUAAAUUCUUUUAUUACAAUUGCCCAUAUUGCCUCCUUAUGUUGUUCUGAUAUUAUCCACUCCUGCUUAUUUACCUCCUUAUCUUUUGAAUGCUCUUUUGCAUUUGUAAAUUAACAUUUUUGUUUGUUUGUUUUUUGUAUUUCUUUGUUUCAGAAAACAGGACCUGAAAAUAUUGAUAAUGUAAAAUAAAAUAUAUUCGAUGAAAUAAAACUGUAUGAUCAUUCUCGCA